UGCGUUAUUAUGCUGGUUGUCCGCAAAAUAACACCGUCGAACGAAAAUGGCCGCGAUAGUCGGACGAGCGUCGCGAGAGGCUCUUUUGAAGGUUUCUGGCAACGUCCAACCCCAAAAUGCUCGAAACCUUUCGUUUCAGAACAUGUCAAAGGGAAAGAAAAUGGCCCUGGGAGCCUUAGGUACAAUGACAGCUGGUGGCAUUGGAUUUGCAGUAGCUUUGAACACUGCCGUGCUAGCCAGUGAUUUUGUUGUUCAUCCUCCAAAGUUCCCCUGGUCCUUCAAAGGACUCCUGUCAGCUUAUGAUAGAGAUUCUAUGCGUCGAGGCUUUGAGGUAUAUAAGCAAGUGUGUGCUGCCUGCCACAGCCUGGAGUACAUUCGAUACAGAGAGCUGGUUGGAGUAAUCUUUUCCAAGGAUGAGGCCAAAGCUCAGGCUGCAGAGGCUACAUAUGUUGACGGGCCCAAUGAUAAGGGUGAGAUGUUUGAACGGCCCGGCAAGCUUACUGACGUCAUGCCCAAGCCCUACCCCAACCCAGAAGCUGCCAAGGCUGCAAACAACGGGGCUCUUCCUCCUGACCUGACCUUCAUCACCCGGGCCAGGCAUGGUGGGCCUGACUACAUCUACGCCUUGCUGACUGGCUACAAAGAAGCCCCAGCAGGUGUUAACCUAGGGGAAGGCCAACACUACAACCCCUACUUCCCCGGUGGUGCCAUCUCUAUGGCACAGGCCUUGUACAAUGAAAUCAUCGAGUACCAAGAUGGUACCCCAGCGACCCAGAGCCAGCUGGCCAAGGACGUAGUUACCUUCCUGGCAUGGUGUGCUGAACCUGAAGGGGACACCAGGAAAAGAUACUUUAUUAAGAGUAUGGUUUUUAUGGGCGUAUUCAUGGGAACUCUAUACUACUUCACACGCGGAAAGUUUGCCUACCUGAAAUCUAAGAAGUUUGCUGCUAAACUUAAAUAACUCUCAGGAAUAGAAAUGCACCAGUUUUAAUUAAGAGGAAAAUAACAUGUGUUUGAGUGUGUAUAAAAGUGUUGCUGUUAGAAAGUUAAUUGAUUUUCACGAAUAAUCUAUGUGGAUUGAAAACAAAACAUAGAUGUAUUUUGCAUGGACUUGAACAGACUUUAGUGAAGUUACUAGCUUGUUGUCUAUAGAAUACAGAAAUCUUACCAAACUGCUUUGUUAAUGUAAGCAGAGAUUUACAGUAAUGGCGGAAAAUAGAAUUUCAUUAUUUAUAUUGACAGUUACAAGUUUCAAAAUGUAAAUGUGAUAAUAAAUGUUUUAAAGAUG